ACUGUACAGUUUGUUCAAGGAAUAUUUGUUGAAAAGUAUGAUCCUACGAUAGAAGACUCCUACCGAAAGCCUGCCAACUGCUUUGACUAUGCAAGUUGAAGUAGAUGCACAACAAUGUAUGCUUGAAAUCUUAGACACAGCAGGAACGGAACAGUUUACAGCCAUGAGAGACCUCUACAUGAAAAAUGGUCAAGGGUUUGCUUUAGUAUAUUCCAUCACAGCACAGUCCACAUUUAAUGAUUUGCAGGAUCUAAGAGAACAGAUUCUUCGAGUCAAAGACACUGAUGAUGUACCAAUGAUUCUGGUUGGCAACAAGUGUGAUUUGGAAGAUGAAAGAGUUGUGGGAAAGGAACAAGGACAGAAUUUAGCAAGGCAAUGGAAUAACUGUGCAUUCUUAGAGUCAUCUGCAAAAUCAAAAAUAAAUGUUAAUGAGAUCUUCUACGACCUUGUGCGACAAAUUAACAGAAAAACUCCAGUACCUGGGAAAGCACGCAAAAAGUCAUCUUGUCAGCUACUUUAAUAUAUGUGUGUACUGUAGCACUGAGCCAGGUCUGAAGAACUGUUGCUGACUACAACAGUGCCAGCAUUCCAACUUUAUUAAACCUACCAACAUCUUAAAAUGGACUUUCCUGUGGUGGUACCCUUUGUGAAAUGGAUGACAGCUACUACAUCAGUUUGCACAUUCUAAUCACUUUCCAGUGUCACGAGAGAUUUUUACUUAUAAAUAAUCUAAAUGUAUGCAACUGGUAAAACCAGAGCCUACAUCCAGUAUUACUGAUAAGAGACAUUGUUCAUCCACCAAUGUUGUACAUGUAUGAAAACUGUACUGUAUACUGCAACAAACCCCAUACUUCCUAUUGGAGAGUACAAUAAUGUAAAUCCGAAAAGCACCACUAUUUUAGCGUAAUAAAAGAAAGUCCAAAGAGCUCCUAUAUAGACUACUCCAGAUAACUUUGCUUCAUCGGUAUUUGUAGCUUAUUGUAACUUUUUUAAAAGAAAAAUACAGGAUCAUCAUUGUAUUGUACAAAAGCGCUUUGAUUAACUCAACAGCUAUAUAGUUUUUUAAUUUUAGGAUAAAAAACCUGUGGAGACAGUGAUCUAGUCUUUAAAAUGAGUCCUUUCAGUAUAAUGUCUGUCUAAAGACAUUGCCUUUAAUAUCUGUUGGGAAGGAAAUGUCCAGAUUUUUCAACCUUUUAUUGUAUGUUUCCUUUUCCUUGUUUACAUAGGGAACAAUGUUUAUAGUUGUGUGUACAGUGGGGGUCUACAACAAGAAGUGUAUAUUUUAAAACAAUUUUUUAAUGAUUUAACAAUUUUUUGUAAAUCAUUUUGGCUUCUGCAGCUGUAGAUUCUCACUGUGAAUUCCCUUGCUUGCUCAUGCAUAAGUGUAUUUGCAAUACCAAAUAUACAGGUUUAGUACUUUUGCCUGUUAGUGAUUGUUUUACAUGUGUAACGUUUUGGUUGAGAUGUUAAAUGGUGGACGAGUACUGUGGAUGUGAAUGUGGGAAGUAAUUUUAAUCAUGUGUAAUUGGUCCCAGGGCCUAAGUUGCAGUAAUUACCUUUUUGCAGAUUUAUUUAACAAUGCCUUGUUGCUUUGUAUGCAUUAACGUUUGGGUGUAAAGAUUGCGUGUAAAAUCCAACAGGGAGCCACAGUAUUUAAAUUGACCAACCUAAUGUUACAACUGCUUUGAGGUGGCCAAAUGUAAACUAAAAGCCUUAAUUAAAAGUGGUGCAAUUUUGUAUGACUUAGCAUCAGUAGUUCAAUAAAUUUGGAUUGCCAUGCAAGGGCUUGCAUUACAACUACCUGUAAUUGAAUGUUUUGUGUAAUGUUUCAGUGAGAUCAGUAAUGUGUUAAAAUGUGUGUUUGGCAAUUAGAAUUUGAAACCCCAAGGAAUCAUUGUUUGUCCAUCCUAUACAAGUCAGACGACUAACACAUUCUCCUAAAUAAUCAUGGAUGUGCUCUGACCACUAAUGUUGCCAUAAUUUACUGGUUUCAGUGGAAACAUUCCAGAGUUAGGUCAGCCUCCGUUGCUGAGUAUCUUUGCUAAGAAAUGUGAUAGAAGGAAAAAGAGAGUGGGAUUAUUUUUACCAACCUUCUUUGUCCCAAGAGGGUACUGGUAUAGCCAAACCUAGAAUUAUGUUAAGUUUACAAAUACUUUGAAGCCUGAAAGACAUCAGAUGCACAAAUGGAGUAGUCUUACAAGCUGCUUGUUUCUAGAUAAUUCAAAACUAUUAUUGGCUAUGCAUAAAGAAUCCUAUGUAGUCUGCUUGUUCUCAAGUAAAAAACACCAGGUUAAUUGAGCCACAAACACAUGGAAGCAUAGGGUAUCUGAAAUGUACAGGCAAGGUUCCCCAGAUGCUUGCUGUAGUUUGCAAAAAUAUGGACAGCGCAAGUUGACCAACUAUGAGUUGGGUAUUUGUUUUAUCUUGGCUACUGAAGUCCAGUCACAAGAACCUGAAGUUACUGGGGCAGGAACUGUAUUUCAGAAUGCUGAAUCACAGUACAGUAUUGGGAUUUUUUCUAAUCUUAGCUAAAGAAACCAGCUGCAUGCAGGUGACUUGGCAAAAGGUUUGUUUUUUUAUAAAGCCUUUCAUUUUUUGAUAAAUGUGAAGCAGGUAGCACAGGCAAUAAUUGAUACUAUGGCCUGGGUUACUGCUUGGUUGGUAGUUUCUUGCAACCUUGGCUGUCUUUGAGAACUGAAUCUUAACUAUACUGAAAAAUGCUCAUUAACAUCCUUUAGUUGGAAAGAAGUCUGUUUCACUGGUAAGUUCUGGCACUGUUCGUGGGUGAGUAUAACUUGUGUGUGCUGCUGUACUUAUUGGUAGUCUGGACAGGCAGGACUACUGUACAAAGCAGCCUUGUACAUAGCCCUGUGUAGGAGAAAUCUCUUGCCAGUUCUAGUCCUCCCAUGCUCCAAAUAGGGCUUUUGCAGAGCUCUGCCAAUUUUGAAGCAGCUGGGCUUUUUUCUCACCAUCACUGGAUUUUAGGUAGAAAAUGAGCCAACAGAGAAACGUAGCCGGUUAACUGCAUUCAUAUGGGAAAGGAUGACUACACCAAAAUGCAUUAGUCUUGGUUCUGCAGCUACAGCAUUUCCUAAGAGAUUGUGCAUGACUUUUCUGUACAGUAUAAAAGAUAGUGCCAAACAAUCGUAUAUAUUAUGCUUUUUGUCACAGCUUUUGGAUAGGAUUGUUUUAUUCAUAUCUCAUCCUUUAUUUUCUCACAUCUGUUCAUUUGCAGAACAGUACAGGCUGUAACAUUAAGCAACCCUAAACGUGUAUGUGCACGUACCUUAAAGUUGCAGGAAAGACUCAUACAGCCUUCCUGCAGCUUAAGAUACAGUAUGUAUUCAUGGCCCAAAAAUGUUCCUCCUGGGUUUUCAAAUAUGAGUCUUCAGUGGGAACCAAACUCAUAACUCACCAUGGUGGUGGUGGUGGUGUUUUU